UGACAAGUAGAACAGGCAAUUUCUCUUCUCUCCCCGAUGUGUGACAACAAUGGGAACUUGUGACAUAUAUAUGGUUGAUUGUGACAGGAGGAAGUGAAGCUCACUGUUCUUUCCUAUAUACUGUAUAUGUGAAAACAUUUUCCCUGUCCGUCUGUGGGAUUUUUUUGUUUUUGUUUUGUAUUUUUGUUAUCUUAGUUGUAGCAUGUAAGAGCAUAGAUUCUGUGGUGUGGGGAAAAAGCUGUUGUUUUAUUUUUAAACUUUGUUUCAUUUUCUUACGAAUUUCCUGGAAGAUGUUUAACUAGCUAGUUUACUGUCAGCACCGUCUGUACUUUCUGUGUGGAUUUCCUUCUGUUAGUCAUCUGACUAGUGCACUGUAACGGCAGAAGAUCUGUGACUGUACUGACUGGCAUAGAUCUGGAAGAUGUGGGGGCCGAGGCAUGUUUCCCUGUGUCUGUUGCUUAUCCUGAUGCUAUUCAUAGGAAGUAGCAGAUCCAAGUCCUCUUUUCAUCAUCAUGAUCAUCAUUAUAUGGAACCAGAGAGAAAAAUGCAAAUAUUCUCCGACAGAGUCACCUGCAUAGGGUGUGUUCUUAUAGUCUCUCUGGUUGAACAGCUGGCUCAAGUACAUAACACAUCAGCACAGAAGGCAAUGGAGUCACUGUGUAUGUACCUUCCAGAACAAGAAGGGAUAAGAGGAGUCUGCAUUCUCAUAGCUGAGUUUUUUGGACCCAAUCUAAUCAAGUUGCUAAAUAACAGAUUGAAUCCUGAUGUCAUUUGUCAUGCGGUGAAGUUAUGCAAAACCGAACCAGACCAGCCGAUUUGUCAUCUGUACAAGAAGCCAGUGAUGGGUUUAAAACGAACAAUUAGGAAAGCAGAGAAGAUGGUGAAAAUGUCUGCCAUUCUGCAAAACUCAGAAGUUGUUUCUGGAGUUCUCUUCAAGAUCUGCUCAUUUCCACUGUUCAAAAAGAUCUGUGAAACAAUAGAGUCGUCAGUACCAGCAGAAGAUUAUGACCAAGAUUACUUCAGUGCUUUUCCUUCCUUGCGAGGAUAUCACUGGAGAGGAAGAGAUUGCAAUGACAUUGACAAGUCUAUUUAUCCUGGACGAAGUCCAGAGGACUGGGAUGCCUUCCAUGAUUCAAAUUGCAAUGGAAUUUGGGGCUUUGAUCCAGAAGAUGGAAUCCCAUAUGAGAAGAAACUGUGUGAAGGUACUGAUGCAAAGGGUAUUGUAGUACUAGGGGACUCAGCAGCCGCUCACUUCCACAUACCUCCAGAGUGGAUUACUACUAUGAACAUGUCUAGGAACUCAUUUUCAAACAUGGCGCUUGCCAUUUCCAAUGAAUUAGACUGGCCUCAGUUUUCCUUGUACACUGGAUUUGAGAACUCGACAAUUGGAGGAUGGACCCAGUCGUUAUACCUACGGUUACGAGACUGGAACCGUUGCAACCACAGAGAUUAUCAGAAUAUAGCUAGAAAUGGUGGUGCAUUUGACAAUUUACAGGAUUAUAUAAAAAGCUUGGCAAGAAAUCAACAGUUGGAUAAACCUGUGGUUGUUUUUUAUGCAUUGAUUGGCAAUGAUGUCUGCAAUCCACAUCCAGAUACAUUAAAACACAUGACUACACCUCAGAAGCUGAAGGCUAAUGUCUUGAUGGAGCUGAAUUACUUGGACACACAUGUACCAAAUGGAAGUCAUGUGAUUUUGAUGUCACUGGUAGAUGGUCGUCUCGUCUGGGAUACCUUACAUGACAAAUAUCAUCCCAUUGGUGAAUUAAAUAAGGACGUUACAUAUGCACAAUACUACAAGUUCAUGAGCUGUCUUACAAGUAACCCAUGUGAAGGUUGGAUGAACAGAAAUGAAACGCUUCGAAAUCUAACCACAGAGAGAGCUGAACAGCUUUCCAGUGCCCUUCAAGAGAUAGCAGCUACUAAGAAUUUCAAUCACUUUAAAGUUACUUACUUUGAAAAUCUGUACCAGAAAGUGAUUGCAAAAUGGAAACGUUUGGGAGGAAACGCAUGGGACCUGCUGGAGCCGGUAGAUGGAUUUCACCCUAAUCAGAUUUCCUCUGCAGUUGGAGCAGACUUGAUCUGGGAAGAAGUAUUACAAAGAUGGCCUGGAGUUUUUGGAAAACAGAAUCCUUUCAACCAAGAAAUUAUAGCAAAAUUUGGAGAUCAAGGAGGACAUUGACAUGACUUAAAUUAUAUUACAAAAUGGCUAUAUUAAAAUAUACGAAAACACCACUGACCACUUUGAACACACGCAAAAUGUUGAGUUUAGUCUAAUUUUGUCAUGUGUAUUUUAGUAUAAUAUCAUAAAUAAUAAUUAUAUAAAGUUCUCUUGUAUGACAUAUCAUCCAUCAUAAUGGAAGAUAAAUAUUGAUGUUGCAUGCAAGUCUACAUUUACAAAGAUCUCAGCAAAAGCUGUGAGUAUGCAAAGUACCCAAGAUUGUUGGUAAAUCUGUUGAUUUUGGAUUUGGAUUUUGAACAUAGACAUGAAGACAAUUAACAGUUGGUGGUAUAAAGGAGGGUACUGACGGGAGAGAUGUGUGCUAAGCUAUCUUAACACAGACCGCUCAGCACACAUCUCUCCCCCCACUCGGCACAGCGCGAUGAGCGAGGGGGGGGGCGACGACGGGGGGCCGCUCACUUCACACAGCGCUGAAGUGAGCGACCCGCUAGAUUGAGCCUGCGGGGCCGCGCAUCGCUAUCGCUGGGGGGCAUACACACGGCAGAUCCGUGCUUAAAAUCUAAGCAAUCUAGUCAGAUUGCUUAGAUUUUAAACACAGAUCUUUCCGUGUAUACCCCCCUUAACUAAGAAUAUUUAUUGUACAGUGUUGGAUAUAAACUGGUCUUUUCUAGACUACAUACGCACCAUAUAGUAACCAAUUAAAUAGAAAUUAAAUGUA